CAUUUUGCUUUUUUCUCUCUCCCUCUCUCUACAUCUCUCUCUACAUCUCUCUCUCUCUCUCUUUUUGUCCUCUUAUCAAAACCCCAUCAACCCCCCCUUCGCCACCUCUCUCUCUUCCCUCUCUUUCUCUCCUUUGGCUCUUCUUCUGCCCAAGGGUUAUAUAGUUCUUGAUUUUCAAAAGCCGGUCUCCUUGUUUUUUUUUUGUUUGGAUACGAGGCUGGUUUGGUCCAAUCUUUUUUAGGGUUCAAUUCAGAUCAGAAAAAGAUCCAUAGUGAAAAUGGCACCUGUUUCGUUGCCACCUGGUUUCCGGUUCCAUCCUACUGAUGAAGAACUUGUGGCUUACUAUCUCAAGAGAAAGAUUAAUGGGCGAAAGAUCGAACUCGAGAUCAUCCCUGAAGUUGAUCUCUACAAGUGCGAGCCUUGGGACUUACCAGGAAAAUCAUUAUUGCCAAGCAAGGAUCUAGAGUGGUACUUCUUUAGUCCACGAGACCGCAAAUACCCAAAUGGAUCAAGGACAAAUCGGGCAACUAAAGCUGGGUACUGGAAGGCGACAGGGAAGGAUCGAAAAGUGAACUCACAGAUGAGGGCUGUGGGGAUGAAGAAAACCUUAGUUUACUACAGAGGGAGGGCACCGCAUGGCGCUCGUACUGAUUGGGUCAUGCAUGAGUACAGGCUUGAUGAGAGAGAAUGCGAAACUCCCUCAGGCUUGCAGGUUCAGGAUGCUUACGCGCUAUGCCGGGUGUUUAAGAAGAGUGCAACAGGGCCAAAGAUAGGAGAGCAUUAUGUAGGGUCAGGUUCAAAUAAUAACCAGAUGUCUAGUGAUCACUCAUCUAGUAUGAAUGACCUUUAUUCUGAGGGAAGAGGUGAGGAUUUGGAGAGCUAUGAUUAUAAUCAAAUGGCAUUGCAUCACAGUACAAGCUCACCCAACAUGAACAUCCAUGUUGGAUCUCCUACAGUGAAUACCAAUACCAGCAGUGCUGCAACUGAUGGGAAUUGGAUGCGCUACUUAUCGGAGGAUGCAUUUAGCUUCACCAAUCCGUCUUUUUCAAAUUGCGGAAACAUUUCCUAUCCCCCAUCCAAGGUGGAUAUAGCAUUGGAGUGCGCAAGGUUGCAGCACCGGCUGUCAAUGCCACCACUGGAGGUGCAUGACUUCCCACAGGGUGGCUUCGUCGAUUUAAGAAUACCACAGUCCGAUUCCAUCCGCAGCCACAACCCAAAUGAUCACGAAGAACACGACAUUUUGCAGGAAAUUCUGUCUGUAGCUCAGGCUUCUCAAGAACUGAUCAAUCAAGACAUGACAUGGGGGGUUACUAGUGGUGGUGGAAGCUUCUAUGCCCAACAAGCUGGUGAUGAUUUCUCUUUUCAUCCUCAUGCUGUCCAAAUUCAUGACAUGAUGAAUAAUGGUGGUGGUGGUGGUUCUUCAAGAUUGAUUAUGGAAGAUCAGCAGCAUACAAUCUCAAGGUCCAUAGAGAUUGGGGGGUUCGACAAAGAUUUCAAAACUGAAAGAACGGUGGAGAACUUGCGAUGGGUUGGAAUGUCUAGCAAAGACCUAGAGAAGAACUUUUCAGAAGAUUACAAGACUGUUCCAAUAGAAACCAUCUCCUGUUUCCAGACAAGCGAAGACCAAGAGGUUCGAGGAGAAAUUGAUCAUCAAAGCAACUUCAAUGAAUUCAAUGACAGGGAAGCGAAUGACUUCCCAUUUGGAUUCACCGACGAUAACCUGAACGACAAUUUUUUGGAUGAUAGUCAUGAAGUUGAUGACUUUUCUAGUACUCCAAACUUUGAAGUUCAUGAAAAAAUUGAGGUGAGUCAUGGACUGUUCGUCUCAACUCGCCAAGUAGCUGAGACAUUCUUUCACCAAAUAGUUCCCUCAGAGAUUGUCAAGGUCUAUCUAAAUCCAGUGAUAACAACACAUCACUCUCCAAUGACAAAACCAGACUCAACAACAAAACCCAAGAAGCCAUGGAGGAAAAUAGUGAGCCCAAGCAUCACUAUCAUUGCACUUCUAUUGACUUACUAUUGCGUGUAUUUUGGAGAACACUUGGAGGAUGAGAAGUUGAGGGACAGCUUUGUAGAUAACACUAGCAAAGGUGUGAAGAGGAGAGAGAAAGAUUGCUCUAAUGAUGAUGAGGUGAACAAGAUGAAGAAACAUGGUGGAACAUUAAUGUGGAAGAAUUACAAGAAGAGGAAUUGGUUUGUUGGGAGUAUAGGAGGGAGCAUAUGUAGUAUGGUUUUGAACCAGGUUUGGCCUUACCUUACUAUAGCUUUGGCUCUUUGUAGCAUUUGGGUGCACCAUAUUGCACCUAAUUCCCCAUAGACUUCUUACUUUUAUGCUUAUUUUAUUUCAAUACUAACCAUAGUUUGUUGUUCAAAUGGGGGAAAACGGCGAGAUUUAGCCUCUCACCCUGAAAGUUUGGAGUCAUUUGUAUCUUGAUAUAAUUGUACCAUUAUUUAUUUAUUAUUAUUACUACUUUGGGUCAUACAAUGAACUAUUGUAAUUCAAACAGAUUAAUGAAAAUUAUAUGCCUUUCUUGUUUGA